UUCCAUCCCCAUUUGCAUUUGCGCACCCCACCUUGGACGCGGAGGGGCUCACAGCACCCAUUCCGUCCGUGAGAGAGAGAGAGAGAGAGAGAGAGAGAGAGAGAGCGCGCGCGCGCGGCGAUGACGAAGCUACCGGCGGCCGGUCGGCCGCGGUUGACGCUGGAGGACUACGUCCUCUUCUUCACCACCCGCAGCGGUCGAGACCUUACCGUCGACCAACUCAAUCAGAUCCUCUUCAUGCACGGCUUCAAGAAGUUCUACAACUCCAACAAGCCGGUGAUCGUCGACGCGCUCAACUCGCUCGACCUACUACGCCCGCGCCGCGCCACAGUCAGCAUCAACGCCGUGGCGCCCCCGCCGGGCGCCGCGGGCCCCUCCGCGGCCCAGCUCUCCACGGAGGCCGUGAAGCGCGACAUCCAGGACCUCGGCUGGCGCGAGUGCCCCAUCGGCUCCGUCCUCUCCGUCCACGCCGGGGCGACCUCCUCCUCCUCCGUGCCGCUCGCCACCAUCCGCCCGGGCUCCGCGGCCGUCGUCCAGCGCGUCUCCCCUCCGAGCACACUCAGCGCCUCCUCCAGCCUGCCUCCCGCGGCGCCCGGCGUGGAGGGGACCAGGAAGCGGGCCCUGAGGGGCCAGGGGAAGGCGGCGACCAAGAGGAAGGAGAGGCGCAUGAGGGAGCUGCUCAGGCUCCCGUCCAUCGAGGUCCAGGACAUUCCCGACGCCGCCGGCGCCGCCCAGGGCAGCAGCGGCGGCAUUGCCUCUGCUGUGUGAUUUGUAGCGUGGUUGAUUGAAGCAGCGUGGAACUGACGGUUGAUCUGGUGUGCUUUGUUCUUCGCUGCUUUUGGUUCGGUGGUGAUCUGCAGUACUAGUUGUAAAUUAAUCUUAAUUUUACUGGUUGUGUUAAUGAUGAGAACCAUGUUGCCUGUUCAA